AUGUUUAGCGCCGAGACAUACAAGGGCAAAUUUGUUAGAAGUUCUUUGUUAAAAGGAAUUGAAGGUUUAAAAAAAGGAAGAUUGAAUCGCGCAACGAAAGAAAAAGAUAAGUCAUCACCACCCCAGGACAAACGUAUUAUUCCGGUAACCACUUGUGAACUAGACCACAGUUACGUGAGUGAUGCCGAUGGAGAUAAAGUUCAGGGAGUUAUGAGAGAAGAGCAGACGGUGUCGGUCGAAGAAGAAAGUGCAAGAAAUCAGUGGCGUGUGGGAAGACGUGUUGUCGAGCUAGGGACACUCGCCGAUGGACUAAAGGGCUGCAAAUUAUGCGGACAGCCACUCCAAUUGUCGAGUUGUGAAGGGGAGCAGAAAUAUGGCCUCGCACAUGUGUUGCUCAUCAGGUGCAAUUUUAGUGACUGUGGGGUACUAAACGAAGUGCCAACAGGCAGUAAACACAAAGCUGGAAAUGGUAGAACUAUGUGGGAUGUCAAUACAAAAUUAGCAGUAGGUAUGGUUAAUGGAGGAUAUGGUGAAACCCAUGUAAAUACCCUCCUGGCUGCCUUGAAUAUACCAUGUGUGUCGCAGAAAACUUAAAGAAUAGAGAGAGGGAGGUUGGACAGCAAGUUGGAGAAAUGGCAGAAGAAACAUGCCAAAAAAGUCUGCAAGAGAAAAUAAGAUUG